AUGGUUAAGUCAGCAGACAAGCUCAUUGGCAAGAAGAUCAUCGUCGUUGGCGGGACCUCAGGAAUUGGAUUCGGAGCAGCACAGGCAUUCAUCGAUGCCGGCGCUCUGGUGACUGUGAUCUCAUCCAACCAAGACAACGUCAAUGAUGCAGUGAAACGCCUGAGCUCUCUUCACGCCUCUGGUAAAGUGGGCAAUGUUCGCGAUGAGGAGUCCUUUGUUGAAGUGCUGAAAAGCAUUGCACCUGUUGAUCACAUCGUGUUCUCCGGUGUAGAUCAAAUCAUCCGAGGCAAGCUCGAGGAGCUGGAUUUGGACAGUGCAAAGCACUUGUUUGGCGUCAAAUUCUGGGGCGCUCUUCUCAUCGGGAAAGCUGUCGCGAAGUACGACUUGAUCAAUUCGGGAGGAUCACUCACACUCACCUCCGGUGGGGCAGCUUACAGACCCGGCAAAGGCGCCUCAGCAGGGGGGGCACUUAAUGGGGGUGUGAUAUCCCUUACCAAAGGUCUCGCUGGCGACCUCGCGGAGAGGAAAAUCAGAGUCAAUGUUGUGGUACCGGGACUCGUGAAGAGUGAGCUUUGGGCCAAGAUGGGCAAGACGGAAGAGCAGCAGAAGGAGCAGUUUGAAAAUGCAAAGUUGCCGGUGGGGUUUGUGGCCACGCCGGAUGAUAUUGCGGAGGCGUAUCUAUAUCUUGUGAAGGCGGAUUAUGCUACAGGGACUGCUGUGGAGAUUGAUGGCGGAUCCCGACUUUGAAUCUCCGCUAAAGAUGAACGGGUCAUGAAGAGCAACGGUAAAGAUGACUCUGUGCGGUCAUUCGGCGGCUGUUGCCGUGCUCGAUCUGAGGGAUUGGCCGAAAUAAAGCCCAAAAAGGCUCUUUUUUGCAACGGAAUACUUGAAAACCUUUCAUUUCCUCGAAAGUUCCCAGCUUCUUUGUUCCGAUGUUAACGACAAAAUUGGCCAAUUUCUAGCGAUUCAAAGAUCAGGUAGGUAUUACACACCCUGCUUCUGCCGCUCUACGAGCGAGAAUAAAAAAGGUACUGCGCAGAGACGUUCUAUGUUGGAUAACGGGACAAAUCAAUAAUACUAUGAACUCUUUCUCCG